AUGGGGACGUCACAGUGUGAAGGCCUCGUGUGUAUCCGUGAACGUGUUGUAUUCCAUUCAUUUUCUAGUGUCCACAAGUUGAAUAAAAAUGUAAAAGAAGCGUCCUUUUCCUCGUUUGAUGGACACUUUGGCCGCUUAAGCGACAAUGUCUGGUACUUUUGCAUCUCCCGUGCGUCUUCUGCUACACUCGAGUGGUUUACAGUCGACGCUGGUACGGAGAGUAGCGAAGAGGAAGACAUUUGGUCGCCUUCUACAAGUUCAGGUUUAGGAGGUGCCACGUUGGUGGCUACUACAAACGUCUCGAGCGUUAAGGCUGUGGACGGAGAGCAUGUGAAGUUGCCUGAAGCGUUUGGAAGUUUGCCAUUAGGUUCUCACGAGCGCAGUCAACUCGAGAGCUGCUCAUUCUACGUGGAGGACAAAGUGCUGAGAGUCGUGCUCUUGAUUGAGACCGAGACGCAGACGCAGAGAGAUGAGUGGGUGCAGUUUUUAGGGACAUUAUUGUCCAAAAUGGAGGACAAACUAGAACAAGAGGUCGACACUCAAGAAGCUGGAGACGACGUGGUGGAGGACCUCGAAUUGCUACCAGCGCCGACGUUGUCCAUAUCGUCGCCAAGUUCUUCUAUAUCAGCGCGGUCGAUGCUGCAUCAAGGCAAGUCAAAGAAUUUGAUGGAAGAAGGAGAUCCGUUUGGAUUACUGUCGCUCAAAACGUCAGCGCUGGGUUCAUUCAAAACGACGACGACCAAUCCUGCACCUGGGAUGUUUGCUAUGGAUCAUUUUGGGUUGACAGAGGGAACAGGACAGGAAGACGAUAUCGAAGAUGCAAACGACAGCGACGCUAGUGUCGCGAAUACAGAUCUCGACUGUGCCGCGGAUACUGCAGUGGAUCCGUCUUCGUGGCUGGUAUCACGGCAACGACAAAGCCGUGAGCGCUCAUGCAGCCACGCUACAUACUCUCAUAGCUCAAAUGUGGUCCGACAGCCUUAUACUGGUAUAAAGAGUCGACGGAAUAGUAUGGGUGCUGCGUUUGGUUCGUCUUUUAGCUCGAUGGGUGAGUGUUUGCGCUGCAGCAAGCGAUUUGGACGCCUUAUACAUACACCGAAGAUGUGUGCGUCCUGUUUGUACCACUUCUGUCGUGAUCACUGCAACCAACGGACAGUCCUAACAACUCCCGAAACGAUCACACUGCCAACUCAGGAAAUGAUGAGAUCUCAAGAAGUCGCAAGAGCUGCCUCAGCAUCUGAAUUGAGACGUGUGUGCAUGGAUUGUUUUGUGCGACAGCAGUUGGUAAUUUCGCUGCAAGAAGCUGGAGUGUAUUAUGCAUCUGUCGUUGACGAAGCUGGUGGUUUGUCACGUCUAGUGCGUUGGAAGUAUUUUGAUCAAGGCCCAAAGCUUGAGAUUGAAGCUCAUAUACGUGCUCGAAGCCUCGGUCCUUUGAGUCUCCUCUCGGCAAUGUUCAAGUAUCAACAGCAACCGUUUAUGUUCGUGGUAGUGCUAGCACAGCUCGUGCAGAACGUCGAGAACUGUCUCGAAACGAUGGACUUUUACUGGCCGCAGUUUUUGCACUGGGGUUUUGUCAAUCUUUCGAAUGCUUCACCUAGUGUCCGUGUCUUCUACCUCUUUUUCCUGGCUGCGACUGCUCGCCGUAGCGUGAAUCUUGCGCUAAAGGCGACGUGGGAAUGCAUCGCUGCUCACUGGGAUGCAAUGGCAGGAGGGCGUUACAAGCGUGGUAACGGAAUCGUGGUUAUGUUGUUCUUCGUGACAAAUGUCAACUUCGGAGAACCUCGAAGCGUACUGCCACAACUGCUGUUCCCGCAAGCACCAAAACACCAGCGCGAAUCAUUUGAAAAGUUGCUGAAACAAUUGUAUGAAUACGUACGUCGUGUCUACGCUAUCUCUCAGCGCGAGUCUCCUUUCUUUGAGUGGCUUCUCGCGCGCAGCAAAGAAGAAGUCGUGGUCAGUUCUCGUAAUGUUCGAAAGCAGCUUCGUGCUUGUGAUGGAGUUUUGGACCCGUUUCCAACUAGUUACCAUGAGGAAACCCAACUCCUCAUACUAGAACGCCGGCAAUCGGGAACGCAACACCUCGUGGAAACCAAACAGCGGAUGUGGAACAAACCCGCUCAACACAUUUUUAGUGACGAAGUGCGGCUUGUGCGAUUUCUUGUGGACUUGUGCACAUAUUUGAAAGAAAAUAUACCCGAGCCUUCGCAGAGAAAGAAGAAGCUUCCAACAUUGCUUCAGGAGAUGCUGCGCGGGAAGCAUAUUCGGCCUGAGGCUGCAUUGCCGCUGUCAGGGGCCGUGGCUCACUCACACCGCGUGGUCAACGUACUUAUAAACGAAGGUACAGUUUUUUCUACGAAGGCCCGCGCACCAACUUUGGUUUUCUUUGAAAUUGUUUCUUCAUCAUUAGAAUGCGACGGUGACUCUUGCGAACUAAACGGUCGGGCUAAUUACGAUAGCAACCUUGACGCUUUAGUGGGUGUUGCCGUGGACAUGACAAAUGAGAUGGAGGGUGUGCUAGAACCACACCAACAAGAGAUUAUCAACUAUCUCGAUGGCGAAUUCGUUCAAACUUACGUGGCAGACUUGAUCCCCGUUAGUCGAACCGCACCUCAAGCGUCGUUCCGGUCUUCAAUCUCGGAAGAUCAAGGCGACCUUGACCAUGUAGUACCGACGGGCUGCACGCCACUUAGUGAGACGGCAGAUGAUGACAGGUUCUCUGGCGACGAAAUUGAUGAAGUUGCUGAUGAUGAGUUAAACGGUAACGAUGGUACGAACAAGAGUGAAAGCUCCUCCUCAACAAGCUCAUCAGCAGCUUUCAAGUGUCCGUUUUUUGGAGAACGCUUUGCUGAUACGCAAAGGCGUGUUCGAGAGGAUAGCACUUUUUCGCACUACGAUGGUUGGGCGUUAGUUCCUGUAAUUGCAAAGAGCUUCGAUGAUAUGCGUCAGGAGGUCUUCGUGUUACAAGGGCUCAAGUUGUUCCAGCUUUUUUUCCGCAAGCAUAACCUCGAUCUUUGGAUGCGCUACUAUAGUAUCGUGUGUGCAGGUAAGGACUGUGGAUUGCUUGAAGUGAUCACGGAUGCACAGUCGUUGGAUGGCUUAAAGAAAAAGGGUACAAACAUUAAUGGCAUUGGCACCUCGCUACCCAAAAUUUUCGAGCGGGCGUGUGGACGAGAUCCCAUUACUGGUGACUAUGAUCCUGUUCGCCUGGAACUAGCUCGUGCGAACUUCAUCACAAGCAUGGCUGCGUACAGUCUUUUUUGCUAUAUAUUUCUAGUGAAGGAUCGUCACAACGGCAACAUCAUGCUGAGCACUGAAGGCCAUGUCGUGCACAUUGAUUUUGGCUUCGUGCUUGGCAUUGCGCCCGGCAACACCUUCAGUCUCGAGACAGCUCCGUUCAAGCUUACGCCCGAGAUGGUGGAGAUCAUGGGCGCGGAGGGUUUUGAUCGCUAUCGGCAGCUCGUGGCUCAAGGAUUGUUUGCCCUUCAUCUGGAAGCUUCCCAGUUGUUGUCUCUUGUAUAUUUGUCGUCCAAAGACUCAUGCUUCCCGUGCUUUAAAGGUCAAUCCCGAGCUCGAAUUGUUCGACGACUGAGUCAUCGCUUAUGUACUGGCUGGAGUGAACACGACGUUAAGCGCACUGCCGCUCGCAUCGUGGAUAAGAGUAAUGGACAUCGUGGCACUAGACAAUACGACUGGUUUCAGAAGAUUUCAAACGGCAUUUUGCCGUAG